AGCGCAGCAACCCUGCGUCGCGCUGAUUACAAGAAGAUGGACCUUGACGAAUGUCAGAUAGUGGGCUCAACCAUCAGAACACCUUUGGAGCCCCGUGCUCGACAAGGAAAGACAGCCACUACCAGCAACAGAAAAAGCCGGGGAUAUGGACGCCCUCUUAUAACUUGGUACCUCUCCUCGCAGGCAUGCUUUCUGUAGAUAGACCUUUUCCUCCAGAGGCGCAUGUUUGAAAAAGGUACCCGGCUCAAAAAAAAGAGUUACACUGUCGUUUCUAGGUGUCGCUCUGCAUAGGUACCGACAAGGGAAAGGACCCUUCCGUUUCCCAGGUACCUUUUUCGCGCAGUCACUUUCAAAAAAGAUCGUAACGAGUGUCGUUGCUCGAAUCUGGAGCGGCCUAAUCCACAUAAUAAUAAUAUUAGACUUCUCUUUAUCGACGUCCUUCAUAACCUUUGUUAUGCUGAUACUCCAAAAUGGGGCUAAUGUGCAUGGCCAUUAUCCUCGUGCUCUUUAUCCAUAUCCAAUAUUUGGAGCGUGGCUAUCUCCACAGCCUUGUGUUUAGCUGUGUCUUCUCCGUUUGUUGUGAU